AUGGAUCCAGACAAUCAGAGAGGCCCUCGACGGGCUCUCUCUCACGCUCGAUCAUUAUUCUCAGGUGCCAGCGCUAGAGGCGCUGCCCUGGCUGCCGCUUCAUCUGCUCACACUCCGCCCUCACUCGUUCAGCCGGUGAAUGCAGGCCGGGAAAGAACACACAACCGUCGCAUCGCCUUGAAGAUGGCGUCUCGAGACCUCAUACCCAGGCGGGCUCUGCAGCCUCUAAACAUGAACAUCCCCCUCGAGAUGCGGGCCCCGGUCAAGCGACCACCCAUCACCUUCGAUCAGGAGAACGAGAUCGACGCAGCAUAUGGCAUCGCCAUGGGCAUCUAUGCCGAGUCCGAGAUCGACGCAGUCACUAACGCGAGAUACAAUCACCCACCAGGGGGCAUAGAAGAGAUUGAGGACUCGUCUCUGGCGGAGUACUACGAGAGUUUUGACGCGGGCGACCUCGAGGCCGACGCCGAGGUCGAUAACGCCGACUGGCCGGUCAAUCGCCGCUUCAGGGAGGCGCUGGAGGAGCACGGGCUGGACGAGGACGAGGACCUCGACGAGCUGAUUGGCGACCCGGACGAGGACAGCCAGGCAGAGGACGACUUUGACCAGACGGACCACGACAAGUCCGAGCUUCAGGACGCGGCGCCCGUCAACCUGUUUGAUGCCGCGGCUAUGGGCCUCAAGGAGAUCAACAACCUCGCCCACUUCAGCGUCAGCAGCCACAAGCCUGGCAAUGGAGUCGAGGAGCUCUUGCACGAUGACUUAGAUAAGUACUGGCAAUCAGACGGCCAGCAGCCUCACCUCCUGACCAUCCACUUCCUCCGGCGCGUCGAGAUCCGCGCCAUCCGGUUCUACGUCGACUACAGCCAGGACGAGUCGUACACGCCCACUUUCGUCGUCUUCUCGGCGGGCACGGGCCACCACGACCUCGUCGAGUUCGCGUCGCUGCCCCUGUCGAGCCCCAUCGGCUGGCAGGAUAUCGACCUGUCCAACGUGGGCGGCGGCGACGACGGCCGCUCGCUGUGCUGCUGGAUCGUGCAGAUGCAGGUCAAGGAGAACCACCAGAACGGCAAGGACACGCAUAUCCGCGGCAUCAAGCUGUACGCGCUCGACGAGUCGGUCGCCGGCGGGGCCUACGAGGAGGGCGCGCUGCGCGAGGUCGAGCACCUGAUCGACGAGUCGCCGCGGCGGCAGAGGCAGCAGAACGCGUACCACGGCCUGGACGAGGAGGACGCCGAGCUCUACUUCUUGUCGCGUUCGCCGGGCAAGGCGAGCGGCGAUGCGGGAUUCGGUGGCAUGGGCAUCCCGGACUUCAUGCGCGAGCCCGAGAUCCGAUGA